CCUCCCCGCCGGCGCCCGACGCUGCCCCGGCUCGUGGAGCGGGCCUGGGGACUCUGGAGCCCGCCGCCGGGGCCGCAGCAUGGGGCGCUUCCGCGGCGGCCUGCGGUGCAUCAAGUACCUGCUGCUCGGCUUCAACCUGCUCUUCUGGCUGGCCGGAUCAGCCGUCAUCGCGUUUGGACUAUGGUUUCGGUUUGGAGGAACCAUAAAGGACUUAUCGGCAGAGGACAAGUCCCCGGAGUAUUUCUACAUGGGACUCUACGUGCUAGUUGGAGCUGGAGCCCUAAUGAUGGCAGUGGGGUUCUUUGGGUGCUGCGGAGCCAUGCGGGAGUCACAGUGUGUGCUCGGAUCAUUUUUUACCUGCCUACUGGUGAUAUUUGCUGCUGAAGUAACCACUGGAGUAUUUGCUUUUAUCGGCAAGAGUGUAGCUAUCCGACAUGUACAGACCAUGUACGAAGAGGCUUACAAUGAUUACCUGAAAGACCGGGAAAAGGGAAACGGGACUCUCGUUACCUUCCACUCAGCAUUCCAGUGCUGUGGAAAAGAAAGUUCUGAACAGGUCCACCCAACGUGUCCAAGGGAUCUUCUAAUCCACAAGAAUUGCAUUGACGAAAUUGAAACCAUAAUGAGUGUGAAGCUUCAGCUUAUUGGAAUUGUUGGAAUUGGAGUUGCAGGUCUCACGAUCUUCGGCAUGAUAUUCAGCAUGGUCCUUUGCUGUGCAAUACGAAACUCGCGAGAUGUGAUUUGAAACUACUUCACCAUGAAAACUGCAGUCUAAAGCUGUCAUACUAAAUGUCACGAGAGCUAUUUCUCAGCUUCUUUUUAAAAUCCAGAGGACAUUAGGAUCUAAAGUAAUUUGCUGUCAGUUGUACAUUUGCACAUGUGUGUACAUCUGGGUCCUUACUGGUUUGGCCCUUGAGUGAAUGAACGCUUGUGUGUGUUGCCUGAGAAUGUGUUCACUGUAAUCUGUGUGUUUCUGACAAUGCAUUACAUCUGACGAAAUCUGCUUGCUGAAUUCCUAGAGUUCUUCUUAUGUAAGAGGAACAAUCUAUUAGAAAAAGAUCAGAAAGCUCUGGGGACACUUUAAAAACCUGGCUAUUCAUAAGAUGUAAUAAUGAACCAGUUUCUUAGACUUCAACCAUGAAUUAGCUACAGAAAAUUAAAGGAUUUCUAGUUAACGGAAGCAAUAAGCUACAGGAAUUAAGUCCCAGUAUAGUGUUAAAAAUGACUAUAUCUGAGUGUAAGGACUUCCUGAGACUU